AACGCGAAUACAGACAGAGGGCCCUUUCUUACACAGGGUGUGCAGGGCAGAGAGAAGGGACGCUGCACUGAGAGAGUGACACACACGGGCAGAGAGAGGUAAAGAGAUACAGGCACAAAGAGCACAGUUCAAUACAUACAAGGUAUGGGGCAACAUUGAGAGCUUAGAGAAUAUCAACAAAAAGCAGCAGCCGAUAUUAAAGAGGAUUUACAAGAAAGAGGAGAGGGAAAAACAGCUUUACUGGCCCGGACUUCUAAAACCUUUUGCCGAAAAUGUCCUCAUUCCAUCACUUCUCCCAGAGGAGAAUGGAUUAAAAUAGAGAGGAGACUCCAGAGGACGUGAGGUAGGAUCCCAAAUCCCAAAAGAGGAAACAAACAAACUACACAAACAGGCAGACUUCAUAGACCUUCCCAUCAAGGCAAGGAGAGAUUGGAAUCAUUACAGCAACUGAAGGAUUACAAAGGAAAACCCCCCCUCUCUCAUAAACAAUUGAUCUUUGGACUUCAAACUUUCAUAAAAAAAUGCGUUGGUCUUCAAACCCCCAGAUAAGGCGGUUAAGGAAGGAGGGGAGGAUAAAGAGAUUCUCCCUGCAUCAAUGAUUUUUCUAGUCUGUCCCAUCCUCCCUUUCCUUCAUCAGAUAUUCAUUGUGACUGGGAUGUCCUACUAUAUCAGCGAAAUCUUCAAUGUCAUGAGUUCACCAGGAAACUGAAACCAGCACUAGAUCAGGGUCAAAUCACCACAAGAACAAUCCCCUGAUAACAGCAACACCCUUGCUGACUACUUCAAUCAGAACGUGUUCACUAUUGUAAUUGGUUUCUUCUUCAAUAGAUUACCCUCAAGAGGAGUUGUUCAGACACUGUCAGUGAACCAUGAAGGAAGACAUCUUGGAUUUUUUCAGUGACUUGUGGAAGGUGGCCACCACUAAGCAUGACCAGGGGAUCUAUAACACAGUCUGCCUGGUGGUGCUGCUAGCCCUGCCUAUGGUGGUGCUCUUCACUUCUCUGGUGGUGUGCUGCCACUGCUGCUGCUGUCGCCGGGCCAACUCCGCUGGUUGCUGUGCAGACAGCCCCAGCUCAGCCACAGCAAAAUCAGACAAAAAUAAGAAGAUUCCGAAAGAUGAGGACUUGUGGAUCUCGGUCAAAACAGGACCUAUGACACCAGACAGGGUUGCCCUGACGAUGGUGUAAGGUUCAGAUAAGGUUUUAUCCUUUUGUAUUCACAUGAAGCUCUUUUUUUACUGCAAGGUACAGGUGCAUGAUGCCGAGCACUGGUGUUCAAUAUGCUCGACAGAAACGGUUGAAAGACAGUAAAAGAGCCAACGAUACGUCAUUGAUUGUGUGUGUGUGUGUGUGUGUGUGUGUGUGUGUGUGUGUGUGUGUGUGUGUGUGUGUGUGUGUGUGUGUGUGUGUGUGUGUGUGUGUGUGUGUGUUGGUUCUUCUAUCCAUGUCGGGACCUAAAAUCCCCAAAAGUCCCCACAACGAUAGUAAAACAAGUCAAAUUCCCAUGUCCUCAUGAGGACAAAGACUAUCGGGUUAGGGUUAGGGUUAGAA